AUGGUGCGCCUACGAGAUAUUCCCCGGACGGCCACCUUUGCGUGGUCGCCCGGCUCCGGAAAGCCCCUGGUCGUCACCGGAACAAAAGCUGGUGCCGUCGACGCCGAUUUCUCUGACGAGAGCAAGCUAGAAAUAUGGGAUCUUUCACUCGACAACCAAGAGCAGGGCAUCGAACUCCAGCCCGUUGUCAGCAUCACCACAGACUCCAGGUUCUACGACAUUGCCUGGGGACCUGCCGACGCCGAUCAUCCCAAGGGCAUCAUUGCAGGUGCUCUGGAAAACGGCACACUCGAACUAUGGGACGCCGAGAAGCUCGAGACUGGAGCUUCCGACGCCUCCAUCUCCAAGACGACGAAGCACACCGGUGCCAUCAAGGCAAUCCAGUUUAGCCCCCUGAAGCCCCAGCUCCUGGCUACUGCCGGCGCCAAGGGCGAGUUGUUCAUCUACGACAUCGGCGACAUCGAAAACCCUUUCCGUCUGGGAAACGCAGCGGCCCGAUCCGAUGACAUCGAUUGCUUGGCCUGGAACCGCAAAGUUUCUCACAUUCUCGCCACUGGAGGGCCUGGUGGCUUCGUGACGGUCUGGGAUCUGAAGACGAAGAAGGCAUCUUUGACCCUGAACAACAACCGCAAAGCGGUCAGCGCCAUCGCCUGGGACCCAACUAACUCAACAAAGCUGCUCACGGCAACCGCUGAUGACAACACUCCCGUCAUCUUCUUAUGGAACUUGCGCAACUCUAAUGCCCCAGAAAAGACUCUCCAGGGACACGAGCAGGGUGUCUUGUCGCUCUCUUGGUGCCAACAGGAUCCUGACCUGCUGCUUUCAUCUGGCAAGGACAACAAGACGAUUGUGUGGAACCCAAACACCGCAGAGCGCUAUGGUGAAUUGCCCGAGGUUACCAACUGGACCUUCCAGACACGAUUCCACCCUCACAACCCCAACCUCUCAGCCACCGCAAGUUUCGACGGCAAAAUCACUAUUCAAACGCUUCAAAACACAAACCCCGAUAAGUCGCAAGCUGUCAACGAAAAGCCCCUGGAUGAUGAGGAGUUCUUCAGGGCUGCCCAGACCCAGCCUCAGGGAGCCUCUUGGUCAUUGGCCAAGGCACCCAAGUGGUUUGAGCGACCUAUUGGUGCUUCGUUUGGCUUUGGUGGUAAACUUGUUAUUUUUAGGGCUUCAACUCAGCCUGGCCAGGAGCGCUCGUCCAAGUUGGCAAUCUCACAGUUUUCUGCAGAUUCGGAUGUCUCCUCCGCCAUCGAAAAAUUCCAAGAGGCUCUUAACUCCAACGAUGUGGCCACCCUUUGCCAAGAGAAGAAAGACGAAGCCCACACCGACGAGGAGAAGGCAGACUGGACUGUUAUCGAGACGCUAGUCGGCGAAAACCCUCGUUCCAAAAUUGUUGAGCAUCUUGGCUUCAAACAAGAAGACCUAACAAACGGAGCAUCGACUGAUGCACCUGAGGGACAGGAGACGGAGGCGGCCACCAAAGAGGAGGAAUCUGUAGACGCAGAGGGCAAGUCCAGACGCCUGUCCAACAUGUUUGGUGAGGGCGAGGGCGAUGGUGAUGAUUUCCUUUCUGGUCUGACUGCCAAUAAGGGUGCCAAGACUGAUAAGCCUUUCCACCUCUUCAGUGACGGUGACACAUCUGUCGAGAAAGACAUCACAAGAGCUCUAAUGCUCGGCAAUUUUGCCAAGGCCACUGAUAUCUGCUUAAAGGAGAAUCGUAUUGCAGAUGCCUUCCUCAUUGCCAACUGUGGUGGUCAAGAACUCGUCGAAAAGGUCCAAUCUACCUAUCUCUCUCGCAAGAGUGAUACUCCCAGCUACCUGCGUCUCAUCAGCUCCGUUGUCGAAAAGAACCUAUGGGAUAUCGUAUACAACGCAGAUCUUGAGAAUUGGAAGGAGACCAUGGCUAUUGUCUGCACUUUCUCGGAUCCAACUGAAUUCCCAGAUCUUUGUGAGGCUCUGGGAGACCGGAUCAACGAGCAGGGCCAGCGCAAGGACGCCUCAUUCUGUUACCUUGUGGGUUCAAAACUCGAGAAGGUUGUUGCCAUCUGGGUGGAUGAGCUCAAUGAAUCAGAGCAAGCUGGAGUGAAGGAAGAAUCUGGCGGUUCUACUUUCUCAGUGCACACUCGGUCUCUGCAGAGCUUCAUCGAAAAGGUGACCGUCUUCCGCCAUGUCGCCAAAUUCCAGGACAAAGAGUUGGCACAGACAGCCGAUUGGAAGCUGGCGACUUUGUACGACAAGUACACUGAAUACGCAGAGAUCCUCUCUGGCCAGGGUAAAUUGGAAGUUGCUCAGAAAUAUCUGGACUUGCUGCCCGCCACUUAUCCUGCUGCCGAGCUGACCAGGAGCCGAGUGAAGCUGGCCACGCAAAAGAAGCCUGCCGCUGCACCAGUUUCAGCAGCUCGCCGAACGCCAUCAAUCCCUUCCGCAGGAAAGCAGCCAUCUGUGGUGGGCUACCAGCCUCCCCACCCUGCCCCUAUUCAAGCUCCUUACAAACCACCAGUUAACCCCUAUCAACCACAAGGCUAUCAACCCCAGGGAUACCAACCCCAAGGUUACCAGCCUCAGAAUCAGUUUGGAUUUACCGGAGCGCCAAUUGCACCACCACCUAUCAGCGGCCCCCCGAGGAACACGACACCAUCAGCAGGCCCUCCACCAUCAAAGGCCAAGAAUAUGGAGAACUGGAACGAUGUCCCUAUGGUGACGAAGGCUGCGCCGCGAAGGUCGACGCCCAGCGUAACGCCCAUUGCAUCGCCCUUCGGAGCUCAACAGGGCCAAGGGCUACCUCCCCCUCCUCCAUCAACAACGUCGCCUUAUGGGCCCGGUGCUAGGGCUAGUCCUCCUCCACCACCCAAGGGACCAGCUCCUCCUCGAGUGCAGUCCCCAUUGGCCGGACCGCCGGUAACUGGACCUCCUCGGACCUCUUCUGCGGCAGCCAACCAAUAUGCUCCGCCAACCCCCCUAGCCGGAGCUAUCCCAACUCAUGCGGCUCCUCCUGUUAUGCCACGCACAGCUUCGCCUUAUAACGCUCCUCCCGCCGGACCCCCGGUUUCCAAUAGGCCGCCGCCGCCUGCAAACCCUUAUGCGCCACCAGCUCAACAGCAACCGGCAGCACCCAGUCCAUAUGCCCCAUCCCCGUAUGCUCCCGCGCCUGGACAGCAGACCGCACCACCGCCAGCAGCAAAGUACCCUCCCGGUGAUCGGUCGCACAUCCCGGCUCACGCUCAGGCGCUCGUGGAUAUUCUGAGCCAAGACAUGCAGCGGGUAGCAUCCAAGGCACCUCCGACAUUUGCCCCUCAGGUUAAGGAUACGCAGAAGCGUCUGAACAUUUUGUUCGAUCACCUGAACAAUGAGGAGCUUGUCCAGCCGUCAACAAUUGAACAGCUAUCACAGCUAGCCGUCGCCAUUCAAACCAAGGACUACGCUACGGCCCAAAGGCUGCAGAUGGAGAUUAACCGGGAUAAGACUGAAGAAUGUGGUAACUGGAUGGUUGGAGUUAAGCGACUUAUCAGCAUGAGCAAGGCAACUCCUUGA